CGCUUGCGCGAUUCCACUACGAGUCAUAUCUGUACGGUGGAUAGAGAUGCCGAGGAGUGCGGGCCAGGUUCGGGUGAGUUCAUGGAUUGCAAAGGACCACCCUUUUUGCCUCCAGAAACCGCUUUGACGUUAAGGAAGAUUGAACGUAUCUCAACAAUUUUUGUAGCUAGGAAGUAGUAAUGGGAGCAGCAGGGUUGGUGUAUGCUUUUCAGUUGGACGCACUAGCCCACGUAGCUAGUCGUAAUAGGCAGUAUUCCGAAGAGCGUCGUUGUAUGUUUUUACGUUCUAGAUCUAAUCUCAGACGCUCACUACGGUCAGGCGCACACGGUUUUAUUGGAUGGGCGCGUUGCGAUAGAGAGUGGCCUCGAGGGCUUGGAGGAUAUCGCCUUGCCGACAAGAAACGACAACGAACUAACUACGUGGAGAAGAAUGUCAACAUCGUCUACAUCAUCUUCUACGUCCUCCUCAGAACAAGAGCAGAACCCUCUGCUGAACGAAAUAUCUUCUGGGCCCGAGCAAGAUUUCUGGUCAGCGCUCUUUGGGGGUCCAUCGCGGAACGGCACUGGCAGUGCAACAACAAUUGCUGACUUGCUACGAGGCGUAGAGGACGGUGUAACUACAGAAGAAGAUGGCUCGGCGAUCCCUAUAGGAACAUUAAGCCUUCGGGAAUCCAUCCUCAGGAGCAUCUACUUGGGGCACCCCUGCCUCUAAGGGAAAAACAGAGGACCCAAGAUGAGUCUCGAGAUGGGUGCCGGGAAGAAGAUCUAAGAAAUACAAUUUCGUCGCAACGACAACCAUCAUCUGAAGCGGGUCUGCGUCCAAGAGCGAUCUCUCCAGCUGAGCUCAUGUCAGGAGUCCAAGAGGACGGUUUUUUUCCGAGUUUCACGCUGCAUGAAGACGGAACUGUAGCAGGGAUAAAUCUACCACAGCAGCCUGUUCGUUUCGUCAAGAGCUUCACCGCCGCUGCAGCGUCAGGAGGCUUUCUAGGCCUUGCUGGGACUACGGUCGGCUGUAGAAAAGAAGUCUCCUUUUGGGACAAUGUGCUGAGACUACAGGAGAUACAACAAGCACUUUUAUUAUGGUCAACUUUUUUCAUUUUCCAUCCUUCUCGGCAUCUUGGCCCCCAUAUUUCCCUUGAGUAUUAUUCUUGUGAAAUGAUACAAGGGUAGUAAAGGGACCCCAAGAAAAGGGGGGCCGAGAUGCAAUCUAGCAGACUCUAAUUUUACAACGAACAUCCACAUCGAAGAGACGCCCAUCUUCAGCUACUACAAGUGGAGGAGGAGCGAGGGCCAAUGCGGUGUAUUGGACUCUGUCCUUAGCGCCACCACCGGCGUCACCACAUUAUAAACCGAAUAAGAGAUCCUCUUUGCGAGUUGGGGGCGAGGUUCCACACCUUGUUAGCCACGUCGUGCAGAUCAUGAGGAAGGACAAAGACGCAUUAUGUUAUGUGACAUGUAGUAGAGAAUAGCUUGAGGAGCAUCGUCGCUCUAAAGUAGAUGAGAGUCUUAUACACCUUUACUCGUCCUCUAAUUCUCCAAGCUGCAGAAGUGGACGUGUACUACGCUCAAGCGGCCUUGCGAGACAAAUAUGUGAAUGCUGCGCGACAUGAAUUUCUGUUAUACAACCCUCAGCUGUGUGGAGUGGAUUUGCUCACUGGGAUAUCCUCCAAUUGGCUGGCUGUAGUUAAGGCAUUCUUUUGGGACAUGAUGAAUAGCGCAAUGUCGCCACGAGUGGAAAUCUUGUGCCUUCGUUGGCGAAUUUAUUCGAUUUCGCUAUUUGGCUAUGUCAAUGUCGAGUGGCUGUAUGAACAAUUGUGAGAGGAUUGAGUAAUUUGGAGCUUUCAUUGCGUUCGAUACCCGCAGUGUUGGCUUAACGUUGCCACGGUUUCUGUUCGAUCGAUUCGUGGCGCAGCUUGAUUUACAGGCUGGUCUACACUGUGUCGAUAUGCAGAAAGGCCACAGCACAGUUCCGACGUUGGUGCUGAGACAGGGCCAAGGUCGAGUGAUGAAAAGUGAGCAUGCUUUUCCUUGUCAUCUGCGUGACGACACACUCUCUGCCGCUGACCUGACAAAGCCUGCCUUCUUACCGACGUUGUCCUUCGCGUUGAACGAUCUGAACAUGCGCACACCCGAUCGUCGUCUGGAACUGCCGCUUUCUCACCUAUUCUACCGUGAAGGACCGAUGCCACAUCAAGGUAAGCUCUCACUAGCUCAAAAAAAAACUUCUUUCUGCUUGGUCAAAGAAAUUGUUGUAACUAUUACCUCAAUUUUUACUUAUAUGUCAGUUACAAUUUUUUGAAGCGUGGAGGUUUUCGAUGAGGCACAACAACCAUUCACGUUGUUCUGUGUAACAACAUGCACAUCUCUUGCUUCACAUUAAAUCGUAAAUCGACAGGGUCCGGUGGGAAGUGGGUACUCGCAGUGGCACCACUCCAAAACGAGCAGUCUGUUUCUGACUACGCCGAUGGGGACGGGUUAGAACAGGAUACCUCUCACGCUUUCACACCGGAUUUAUGACACAUAGUAGGCUCUUAAGGAAACUGUUCUCCUCAAAGAAUUUCUAUUACAAAAAAUUACUAUAACUUUCUUUAAGAGGAAAAGCUUUCCUUAAGGAAGCUCCUUACGGAAGAGCUGUAAUAGCCUUUGGCUAAUAAUAGACCUCCCCUUAAGGGAUUUGGAACCCUCACGCUUUCACACCGGAUUUAUGACACAUAGUAGGCACAUUCAUUCAUUCAUUCAUUCAUUCAUUCAAGAAACAAGAACGACUUCGUUCUCGUUCUCUCUUCAUACACAAUGGCCGCCUCACAUAUCGGAGUGGGUUCUUUGGCGUUAUCGGCAUUUGAAGGCAUAGUCUUCGACGGAGCGAACAGGCGGAUUGGGAUUGCCAUAGACAGGAACCAAGUGAAAACUACAUCUAGAAGUAGUAGUUUUCUGGCAGGUCUGAUGAAGCAACGGGGACAGCAGAGUCUUCAGCAGAUGAAGUUGAGUAGAUUACCAACGCUGAGGCCUUAUCGCUCCGCAAAUAAAGCUGCUAGUAAGGGAUCGUCUGACGCGGCAACCCGUUUCGCUACGACUAUGAUCAAUGACGUUUUGUCAAGCAUCCUAUUCGGUGGAGCAGAGAAUCUUCAGCAUCGAGGACAAGGAGAAGCUGCAUCUUCGAAGAAUGAAGGAGGAGCAAAAGAUCGUUCUUCGACGCCGACUAAUAACGAUUUUGGUGAUGCAGCUCAACUACUGAAUGCCGCAGCAGGGGAAGACAUAACAACUUCAUCAGCAGGAGUUGGGGAAAACCCUAGCGUACAGGAACUGGUGAGUAAGCUCUUCGACUUCUCCUCGUCUGGACCACGGAAGCUUGAUGCUGAAGAUGCUACCUCUAGCGCCCAGAGAAGUUUGAACAAGAGGAGGAAAGAAGAACUACGUCACAGAACAAGUUCUAGGCGAAGAACAUCAUCGUCGCAAGGUAGAACUGAGUGGACGCGAUUUAGGAACUUUUUCGCGUUUCUGAGUGGUCGCCCACCUGGCAUCGAGACUUUUGUACCCUACGUGAGCCACAGAAGACGACUAUCAUCUUCAUCACUAGCUGUUUUUGCGGACUCUUCCGAAGACCAAAGUAUUCUUGCGCCCGACGUGGUAGCGACUGGCGCAACUGAAGAUGAGACACUAUUAGCCGGAACUGCAAGUAGAAGUACAAUAUCAAGUACAAUGAGCAUGAAUUCGAGACACCUAGAAGAGCAGCGGAGAUUAGCGGAGUCAGAAAAUGGAAUGUGUCGUGCAGCUCCUGUCUGUAACCGCGGUCAGGAGCGCUUGGAUCCCGCUUUAAACGAAUGCGUAGACCCAGAUUGUGGUGCGUAUUUUUAUGAACAGAAUUCUCUGCCAUUGAGUAGAAGUAAUGAUCGGAUAAUCCAAAUCUAUCGUAUUCUUUUGUACUUGCUUAUGAGAUUUUUCACUCGUACAAGAAUUGAGUGAAUCGCUACAAUUAGAGUGGAACCAUCGCUAACCCAUCUUCGCAGUUUUGAACGACGAAACGAAGACCUGCGAAGUCCACUUCCUGCUGAAGCCGCUUCUUGUGACAAUUGUGCUCGCCUUGGCGGUAACAGAGAUAGCGGGCCAUCUCUUUUACUCACGCGAACUGCUCGCAAGAUGUCAAAACCUCUGAUGGUAUUUUGGGCACGCUCACACCACUAGUGGGAGCUGAAAGAUGAUACGUCAUAUCUGAAUUUGGGUUUUGCAAGACAAUGAAUAGAGACUAGAGGCAAAAAUAUGCAGCCUAUGGGGCUUCGACGCUGG